GCUAAAUCGCAAAUAUAUAUAUAUAUAUAUAUACAUACACACACAUCCAUCUUGACAAGAAGCCAGAUACUGCAUGUAUUCUUUUCGAUUUGCUGUUUUUAUUCUGGUCUCCUUCUCCUGUUUUGUGGCUUUUUUCUAUUAUGCCCCAAGAAGAAAGGGUUAUAUAUAUUUUGCAGAUGGUGAAAAUGCAAGAAGCAAUGAGAGUUCCUCGAAAUAACCAUUUGUCAGGAGAUUAUGAUCACUCGUCAGCUUAUUCUAAUAACAACUUUGAUACAUCUCUCAAGCUGGGGUUGCCUUUCCCGCAGUAGAUUGUCAGAUCAAUGACGUAUUCCAUUUGCAAUUGAAAAGUGUCCUUCAACAAUGCGUAAAUAGAAGGAUUACAAUGCGGUGAUUAUUUUAUCGACAUGUAUUCAUAAGUCCCAUAAAUAUAUCAAUAAUUUCGCAAAGUUAUACUGUUUGUCGCGGUUCAAAAGGUCUCGGAUAUUAUUUAUCAUUAUCGGUCGUUAUGAUGAUGCUAAGAUGGAUAUCACAUGCAUUCUUUUAAUUGACACAGUGAAUCUCCACGUUGAUGAAAGAGGAGAUGAGAUCAGCCGUACAAUAAUUCUAUUAUGGAGGAUUUUGACUUCAACAGUUAUUUAUAUAUAGGGAAAAAAUAUACUAUAUAUGGUUGAUGGGACAUAUGACAUGAAAAUAUGGAAAAAAAAAAGAAGGAAAAAGAAAUGAAAGAUGCUGCAUAUAUAGAUUGCUCAAACGGCUAACCGGGAGGAACCUACAACAAGAAGUUUGGUCAUCUAAUGGUCAUCUACAUAGAACAUUAUCUUGUGUUCCACGGGUCUAAAUGGCGGGUACUUACAUGGGGGUGUCCGGAUAUUUUGUUAUGGACGAGGUAUACAAUAUUUCUAUGUGGGUGGCUACCAUUACAUGUGUACGAUGAAGAUAGAAGACUGGAUCACCUCACGCUUCCAAUGACCACUUCCGGAUCACAACCUUCCCCCUAAUGCCCGAAUUUCCCUUUCUAAUAUUCUCCUGAAUUUCUCUUCCUCCUUCCUCCUGUCGUUUUCAAUCAUAUGUGUCUGUCUGUGUGCCUGUCUGUUCAUCAUCUGAUAGUGAUCGAACAAAGUAUCCUCCAUAGAUCAAAAUGGAUGAAGAGUACGACGUGAUAGUGCUGGGGCCAGGUCUCGAGGAAUGCAUCCUCAGUGGGCUUCCCCCCUUUGAUGGUCUCAAGGCAAAGCUCAAAACGCGGAAAAAUAUUCCAGCAUUGUUACUGCAUUGUUACUGAGCUAUGGCUGCGAGGAAACUAUUCAGAGAUUAUUUGGCCAAAAGGGUUUCUUCGAGCUCCAUUGGAGGGGGCGCCAGACGUUACUGCUCUUCUUCUUCCUCUGCUUCUUCAUCUGCUGCUGCUUCAGAGUCUUACCCCAGAAUCCAUCAUUUCUCCAAACGACUGCUGCAUGGGGCUGGGUCCCUCCCAAGGGAUAAACGGCCUGAUCCAUCAAAUUUGGGACUGGAGGUUUGGGGAAGGAAGUUCUCAAAUCCUGUGGGUCUCGCUGCUGGAUUUGAUAAAAAUGCUGAGGCUGUCGAAGGUUCAAGCUGCCCGUGAUGAAAUGCAAUGGGCUGAGGACGGUUCACCUCCAUUGCUUGUCAAGAUUGCUCCAGACUUGUCCAAAGAAGACCUUGAGGAUAUUGCUGCGGUUGUCCUUGCUCUCCGCCUUGAUGGACUGGUAAAGGUGGUGGUAUAUGCAGUGGUGAAGAUGCAUACAAAAAAAAAAAAGAGCGGGUGCGACUCUGGUUCAGCUUUACACAAGAUUUGCUUAUGGGGGUCAUGCUCUCAUUCCAAAGAUAAAGGCAAAACUAUUCGAGUGCUAAAAAGGGACGGUUUUAAGAACAUAAUAGAAGCAAUGGGGAUAGAUUGCAGAUAGUGUUUGCCGGUUUCCCUUCACUCGGCCUCAUGAUCUUCACCCAUUUGAAUAUAUAUAUAUAUAUAUAUAUAUAUAAUUUACUCAAAUUCCUUCUCUCUCUCUCUUGAAUUUUAACAUAAGUUCUCGUAAACACCACAUAAAAGUACACGUGGGCUGUACAAUGGGCUACGCUGUAUGGGUCCCAUGCCUCAAUUUAAUGUUAAAGCUGGCCCAUUCGUGGGAUGCAAGCUGGUUGGGCCCGGGGCCCUGUACUGUGCCUAUGAAUAGUCUCUUUCUUUCAUUUAUCCUUUCAUCUUUUAUAUUUUUUUAUUAUAAUAAUUCGAUUAUGUCUUCCACUUUUUUUUUUGAAAAAAAUAGGGAGUUUAUUAUAAUGGGCAAUCACACUCUUCUUGGGCCUCGAAAUUUUUAUCCACAUAGCUACCCUCACAGGACGCGGCCACUGAGACACUUAGUGGACAUCAUGGGAUAGCUUAUAUGAACUCCUCGAUUCGUGUACACCCUCCUAUAGAUAUUUCUAGCUACGUAUAGAACUCAUACAUAUUGAAAAUCUAAUGAGGUUAUACGGGCUUGAGCCCAUUUCCACUUAUAAAGUCAAGCUGAUAAGUGUUGGUACGCAAGUCUUAUAUAAACCAAUAUAUUUUUAUUCAUCUUUUCAAUGUGGAAUUAAUAUCCUUAACACCUAUCUUCACGUGCAAUUUGUGGUCUAUUUUUACUUGCACGUUAUCACAUGCCCUUAAACACCCGCCCUCAAUAAAUGACAUUGAACCGGGGCUUCUUCUUUCGUGCUCGGGCAAUGGAGGACUUAGACGAGGCGUACUCUUGGCUGCACUUGGACAUAUUGGACUUGACGUGGUGUGGGUGUGCAUAUGUGCGUUAGCACGCAUAUGCGUAGUCUAAACUCUGAUACCAUGUAAAAUACUCACUAGGUCUAUAUGCAAUGGGAUUUAUCUCCAACCAAAAAACUCGAGUUGAUUGGUUUUGGUAUUCAAUUUCUUAUGAACUUGUAGAAUUCCUCUAUUUUUGAGACUUAACUCAUUAUUAACUCUCAACACCCAUCCUCUUAUAUUUCUGAUGUGAGACUUAACUCAUUCUUAACUCUUAACACCCGCCCUUAUGUUGCCAUGUGCCCUUAAGCACCUACACUCAACAACUAACCACGAGCCGGGCAUUGGUUUCCAUCACAAAGAGAUGUUAAACCCACACAUGUGCGUGCGAAAGUAUAACUCGCUUAUACGGAUUUGGGCUAAUUUCCACAUAAAAGUUCAAACUGAUAAGUAUUGGUAUCGAAGUAUCAUAUAAAUCAAUGAAUUUUGAUUCAUCUUUUUAAUGUGAGAUUAAUAUUCUCAAUGUUACCUUGGUUGAA